CUCAUAAUAUUAAUAUUAUACUUCAAUAAGCCCUCAGUCCACACUCAACAAACCAGAAAAGAAAAAGAAGAGACCUUUGAUCUUCUUUCAACCUGUUAAUAAUGGCAAGUUCCAAUCUUUUUUGCAGCCCAACAACCACACUUACAAAAUCCCAAUUACCAAUUGAGUUUUUCAACUCAAUUUAUCACAAACAUAAUCAUCUCAAGAGUAAAGAACAUGGGCAUGUCAAGAAACAUGGUGUUACAUCAAUAUAUUCUUCAUCAAAGAUCAAAGCUUUAUUGACCGAACCGCGGUCGGAUAAUAAGAAGAAGAAUAUAAGGGUGUUGGUGGCAGGUGGUGGGAUUGGUGGGUUGGUGUUUGCUUUGGCUGCAAAGAGAAGAGGGUUUGAAGUUGUGGUGUUUGAGAGGGAUUUGAGUGCUAUUAGAGGUGAAGGACAGUAUAGAGGCCCGAUUCAGAUACAGAGUAAUGCUUUGGCUGCUUUGGAAGCUAUUGAUUUGGAUGUUGCUGAUCAGGUUAUGCAGGCUGGUUGCAUCACUGGUCAGAGGAUUAAUGGGUUGGUUGAUGGUGUUUCUGGGAAUUGGUAUAUCAAGUUUGAUACAUUCACUCCUGCGGUGUCAAGGGGUCUUCCGGUCACUAGAGUUAUAAGUCGAAUGACGUUACAAAGGAUUUUAGCCGAAGCUGUUGGGGAAGAUAUUAUUUUAAACGGUAGCAAUGUAGUCAGCUUUGAAGAUCACGGUGAAAAGGUUUCGGUGACUCUUGAAGAUGGACAACAAUUUGAAGGUGAUCUUCUAGUUGGUGCUGAUGGAAUAUGGUCAAAGGUCCGGAAGAAUUUGUUUGGGCCGAAGGAUGUAACGUACUCUGGUUAUACAUGUUACACUGGAAUAGCUGAUUUUAUACCACCAGAUAUCGACACUGUUGGGUAUCGGGUGUUUUUAGGGCACAAACAGUACUUUGUUUCUUCUGAUGUUGGUGGUGGGAAGAUGCAGUGGUAUGCAUUUCACAAAGAACCAGCUGGUGGUACCGAUAAACCUAAUGGUAAAAAGGAACGUCUUCUUCAAAUCUUUGGAGGCUGGUGUGAUAAUGUGGUGGAUUUGUUGCUUGCAACCGAUGAAGAAGCAAUUUUAAGACGUGAUAUAUUUGACCGCAUCCCUAAGUUUACAUGGGGAAAGGGCCGUGUAACCCUGCUUGGAGACUCGGUUCAUGCAAUGCAGCCUAAUUUGGGUCAAGGAGGUUGCAUGGCAAUUGAGGAUAGCUAUCAACUAGCUCUUGAGCUUGAUAAAGCUUGGAAAAAAAGUACCGAGUCAGGAGCACCUAUUGACAUUAUAUCUUCCUUAAGGAGAUACGAAGAUGCGAGAAGACUACGGGUUGCGGUUAUACACGGGUUAGCAAGAAUGGCUGCAAUAAUGGCAUCAACUUACAAGGCUUAUUUGGGUGUCGGGCUUGGCCCAUUGUCGUUUUUAACAAAUUUCAGGAUACCACAUCCCGGGCGAGUUGGUGGAAGAUUUUUCAUUGAUAUUGGAAUGCCUUUGAUGCUUAGUUGGGUUCUCGGUGGCAAUGGUUCAAAACUUGAAGGGAGACCACAGUCCUGCAGACUCACUGAUAAAGCAAGUGAUGAACUGCAGAAAUGGUUUAACGAUGACGAUGCUUUAGAACGCGCUCUUAGUGGCGAAUGGUUUUUACUUCCGGUUGGAAGUUCAAACGCUGAUUCAGAGCCUGUUCGACUAAGUCGUGAUGAGAAACAGCCUUGUAUAGUUGGGAGCGUGCCUCACACGAGUAUUCCCGGCAAUUCAAUAGUGAUCUCUUCCCCAGAGGUUUCAAAAUUGCAUGCUCGAAUAAGCUGCAAAGACGGCGCCUUUUUUGUUACUGAUUUAAGGAGUGAACAUGGUACCUGGAUUACCGAUAAUGAGGACAGGCGAUAUCGUGUGCCUCCAAACUUCCCAGCUCGUUUUCACCCCUCGGAUGUCAUCGACUUUGGUGCAAAUAAGAAGGUAGCGUUUCGGGUAAAGGUGAUGAGAUACCCACCAAAGAUUUCCGAAGGGGCAGGGGACCGUGUUCUUCAAGCGGUUUAAAAACUUGUCGACCCCACAUCGGUUUUUACGUCAAUUUAUACUAUGUGAAAAUUGUACAGCAUUGUAGCAGUUACAAGCAGCAACACAGAAAGGGCUAGAGAUUUUGGCCUCAUUUUUCAAUUUGUAGCAAGUUGUUGAAUUAAUCAUCGAUUAUUUCUGGUAUGUAUAGAUACUUAUAAAGAUGCUACAUGGAAUGAUAGCCAGUUUUGCUACCUACAAGGUA